GUAGUCUUAUCAAUAUUUCUGAGAACUUUCAUAAGUUUAGUGUAUAAUUUUUUGUUUGAUCUUAUAACGCUUAUUUGUUGUAGCACCUUCUAUAUUGCGUGUGCUACAUCAUACAGUGGGUGAUGAAAUUUUUCAAAAAGAGAUUAAUGUGUAUAUGAAAAAAGAAACGGAAAGUCUGGACGAUUUUUGGACUAUAAUGCAAUCUAUCUAUGAUUCACAAACUAUGGAUUUGGAAAAAAUUAGCGUGAAAGACCUGAUGAAUCCUUGGAUACAAGAAAAGCAAUAUCCCAUUCUUAAUGUAACGCAAACCUAUGGUACCAAAUGGACAAAAAUUGUUCUAAAAACUGCCUCCAAAAACUGGACGGUGCCAUUACCAAAUCAAGUGUAUAUAAAUUUAAAACGAAUUUUACACAAAUUUUGUUUAGCCCGUGCACAAAAGCAGUUUCUUGCAAAAUGUUACAACUCUGAACACAGUCAGUUCAUAAUAAUCAAUCGGCAACAAACAGGUAAAUGACGAUCAAAUAUUUAAAUGUGGAAUAUCAU